AUGUCAAAAACACUUCCGGUCAUCCUCGAACGUAUUGCAGCGGCCAGCAAGGCUUACCAACGCGAGGAGAUUGGCUCACGAGAAGAUCUCAUUGAGCUAGGGAGAGAUCUGGUAGCAACACUUGAAAUCCCAAGUGAGUUCUUGCAAAGAAGCUGCUGGGCCGAGCCGGCUCUAUCAGCACACUGCAAAUUGGCUGCUGAAGUCAGACUGUUUCAAUACCUGAAAGAUGCAGGAGAGACAGGCAGUAGUCUUGAGGAUCUUGCCCAAAAGACGGGAGUCGAUCCACUGCUGCUCCAAAGAAUCCUCCGCCACCUAGUCGCCAUGAAGCUCCUCACAUUCUCGAAUGGAAAGUUCCGAGGCACGCCCCUCAGUGACGGACUCGCAGCAGAGAACUUUCAAAAAAGCAUUGAUUUUUGCUACGACGUCGCCAGACCGUCCUUCUUCAAAGAGACAGGCUACAAAAUACCAGAUUCCGUCACAAACGGUCCGUUCCAGGCUGCAUACGGUACAGAGUUGCCGUUUUUCCCGUGGUUGGUAGCCACGCCCCCGCAUCUCGAUGAGUUCGACAACUUCAUGUCAGCGUACCGGGCCGGGAAACGGAAUUGGUACGACGCAGGCUUCUAUCCCGUAGCGAAGCGUCUAAUUGAGGGCUUCGACAAGGACGCCGGUGAAGCGCUGCUUGUAGAUGUUGGCGGCGGCCGCGGCCACGAUGUCCAGCAGUUCAUAGCACAGCACAAGGCACAUCCCGGGAACAUCAUUCUCCAAGACCGCGAGCCCAUUAUUGCCAGUGUUUCAAAUCAAAAUAAGCUACCGUUUGAGUUGCAGGUACACGACUUCUUUACUCCUCAGCCAAUCAAGGCGGCAAGAGCAUACUCGCUUCAUUCCAUCCUUCAUGACUGGAGCGACGACGAUGGAAUCAGGAUCCUUGAGAAUCUGAGGCCUGCGCUCAAGUCUGGGUAUUCCCGGGUUCUGCUGAUUGAGAUUGUAGUUUCGGAGGAGAAGCCUACUAUCGCGGAAACGGCCAUGGACAUGAUGAUGUUGGCGCACUUUGCUGUGCGGGAGAGGACCAGGGUGGAGUGGGAGGGGAUAUUGGACAAGGCUGGGUUGAGAUUGGUGGGAUUGUACAACUUCCCUGGCGUUGCGGAGAGCGUUAUUGAGGCGGAACUGCGAGAAGCUCCUUGA